AUGGGAGCAACGCCUUUCCACUACACCAUUCUCAAAGUCCGGCUGUCGAAACACUUCGACAAGCCAACGGACAUGAGAUAUGACGGAACCCAGGACCUCCAGGAACACCUAACGGCCUUUGAGGCUAGGAUGAACCUGGAGGGUAUGUGUGAUGAGGUGAGAUGUCACGCCUUUCCCGUAACCCUGGCAGGACCGGCAAUCCGGUGGUUCAACGCGCUCCCUCAGGGGUCCAUGACGACCUUUGUGGACAUAACCCGGGGCUUUCUAGCACAGUUUACCACACGUAUUGCCAAGGCUAAACACCCGAUCAACCUUCUGGGGGUAACCCAGAGAAGCGGUGAACCGACUAGAAAGUAUCUGGAUAGGUUCAACAACAAAUGUCUAGAGAUUGACGGCCUGACCGAUUCGGUGGCCAACCUUUACCUGACGAACAGGCUGUUGAAUGAAGACUUCAGGAAACACCUUACCACCAAACCUGUGUGGAUAAUGCAGGAAAUUCAGAAUGUGGAGAGAGAGUACAUUAACGACGAGGAGGUCAACCAAGUGGUCGCAGCCAAUAAACGGCAGCCCGCCUACCAUCCUGCUCGUCAACCCGGGAACAGGGAGAGACCUAAGGAGCACUCCAAAGAUGGAGGGCCAACUAAACCCUUCAAGCCGUUCCCCCGGGCGAUCCGUGAAGGUAAGCUGGUGGAGUUCUCGCUGUUCAUAAGAGAACCCAAGAGACGAGAGCGUGACCGAUCUAAUGACGACAGAAGCCGAGUUGUGAAGCCAGGACAUGAACCCGAAGAGGACAACGACCGCGGCCUCACUAUUGUGAAUGUCGUAGUCAAGAGAGACGCUGCACCGAGAUCGAAGUUGGCAGCAAAGAAAGACACUAAAAUCUUGGCCGUGUCAUCAGCUAGUCAUGCACCAUGCCCCAAGAGAGUCCCAACAAUAUCAUUCAGGCCGAAGGAUCAAUGGUUCCACGAUGUACCGGAGAACCUUCCCAUGGUAAUAACAGCAAGAGUGGGAACUGGUUUGGUCAAGCGAAUUCUUGUUGACACCGGAGCCGACUCGAACAUUAUGUUUCGAAAUGUGUUUGAUGCCCUGAGCCUCCAAGAAGCCGACCUGAUAACUCACCAGCACGGGAUGGUCGGCUUAGGGGAUAAUUUUAUCAAGCCUGAUGGAACAAUCUCCCUCCUGGUCUCCAUAGGAUGA